AUGUUCAAACAGUCCGCGGUCUUGUUGGAAAAGGCCGCCCAGAAAGUGGCCUACAACAUCAAACCUUACAAGAACAUGUUGAAAGAUCCCUCCAAGAAAUACUCUGCCUUCAAGGGACCUAAGCUCGCCGACAGAACGUGGCCCAACAACGCCAUCACCAAGGCGCCCAGAUGGCUUUCCACCGAUUUGCGUGACGGAAACCAGGCGUUGCCCGAUCCGAUGUCGGUCGCGGAAAAGAAGGAGUACUUCAAGAAGUUGGUCGAAGUGGGAUUCAAGGAGAUCGAGGUUUCGUUCCCCUCCGCUUCGCAAACCGACUUUGACUUCACCCGUUAUGCCGUCGAGACUGCACCCGACGAUGUGGCCAUCCAGGUGUUGACCCAGUCCAGAGAGCACUUGGUCAGAAGAACCGUGGAGUCUGUCAUUGGCGCCAAGAAGGCCAUCAUCCACAUCUACUUGGCCACCUCCGACACCUUCAGAGACGUGGUUUUCAACAUGUCCAAGGAGGAGGCUGUCGCCAAGGCCACCGAGAUCACCAAGUUGGUCAAGUCCUUGACCAAGGACGACCCAAAGAGACAGGAGACCCAGUGGUCGCUUGAAUUUUCGCCAGAGUGUUUCUCCGACACUCCAUCUGAGUUCGCUGUCGAGAUCUGCGAGGCUGUCAAGAAGGCUUGGGAGCCAACCGUCGAGAACCCCAUCAUCUUCAACUUGCCUGCCACCGUCGAGGUCGCUUCUCCUAACAUUUACGCCGACCAAAUCGAGUACUUCUGUAGAAACAUCUCCGAGAGAGAGAAGGUCUGUGUCUCCGUGCACCCUCACAACGACAGAGGCUGCGGUGUUGCCGCCGCCGAGUUGGGUGUCAUGGCUGGCGCUGACAGAGUCGAGGGCUGUCUUUUCGGUAACGGUGAGAGAACCGGUAACGUGGACUUGAUCACCGUCGCCUUGAACAUGUACACCAACGGUGUUUCGCCUGAGUUGGACUUCUCUGACAUUGAGGGUCUCAUUGCCAUCUCCGAGAAAUGUAACAAGAUUCCUACCCACCCAAGAGCGCCAUACUCUGGAUCUCUUGUUGUUUCCGCCUUCUCUGGUUCCCACCAAGAUGCCAUCAAGAAGGGUUUCACCAAGGCUGAGCAAAGAGCUGCCACCGGUGACGAGGCCUGGAAGAUGCCAUACUUGCCUUUGGACCCUAAGGACAUUGGCAGAAACUACGAGGCCGUCAUCAGAGUCAACUCCCAGUCCGGUAAGGGUGGUGCAGCAUGGAUCAUUUUGAGAUCGUUGGGCUUGGACUUACCUAGAACAUUGCAGGUCGAGUUCUCUUCGGUUGUUCAGCACGAGGCCGACAACUUGGGCAGAGAGUUGAAGUCCGAGGAGAUCAACAACCUCUUCAAGAAGCACUACAUGUACACCGGCAAGUCCGUCAUCACCUUGGAGGACUACACCAGCACCAAGAACAAGAAGUCCGAGAACAACUCGCGUGAGAUUUCCGCCUUGUUGCGUGUCAACGGCAAGCCUGUUGAGAUUUCCGGCCGUGGUAACGGACCAAUUUCUGCCUUCAUCGAUGCCAUUUCCAAGCACUUUGGCAUCAUGUUCGAGGUUGUCAACUACAACGAGCACAACUUGGGCUCCGGUAACCAAGACAAGGCUGCCACCUACAUUGAGGUGUCUUACUUGAACAGCACCGGCGACAAGGUCAACAGAUGGGGAUGUGGUGUUGACAACGAUGUUGGAGAGUCUUCUUUGAAGGCCAUCAUUGCCAUUCUCAACGACUUGAUUAAGAAGAGAGAGAUCCAGGUUUAA